UCUCCCUCCUCCCCCCUGCUAGCCAGCUUGCUGCUAGCUCCCUGCUAGCUCCUCCUGCCUCCGUGAUCAGACGCACCGGCUCCACUCACAUCACGGUGCUGUUAGGAAACCUGCCCGCUCUCAGACCCUCUCAGACCCGCUGACGGCUCACAGAAGGGACGCCCCGUGUGUCAAAUAACUGAAGAUGAUUAAGCUCUUUUCCCUGAAGCAGCAGAAGAAAGACGAGGAAUCUGCUGGAGGAAACAGAACCGGAGCCGGGGGCAAGAAAGCCAGUGCGGCCCAGCUCCGAAUACAGAAAGACAUCAAUGAGUUGAACUUACCAAAGACGUGUGAGAUCAACUUCCCCGAUGACGACGACCUCCUCAACUUCAGACUUAUCAUCUCACCGGACGAGGGUUUUUACAAAGGAGGAAAGUUUGUCUUCAGCUUUAAGGUAGGACAGGGUUACCCCCAUGACCCCCCAAAGGUGAAGUGUGAGACGAUGGUGUAUCACCCCAACAUCGACCUGGAGGGAAACGUCUGCCUAAAUAUCCUAAGAGAGGACUGGAAGCCCGUGCUGACAAUAAACUCCAUCAUCUACGGCCUACAGUAUCUAUUUCUAGAGCCGAACCCCGAGGAUCCGCUGAACAAGGAGGCGGCGGAGGUCCUGCAGACGAACCGGCGGCUCUUCGAGCAGAACGUCCAUCGCUCCCUGAGGGGCGGCUACGUGGGCGCCACCUACUUUGAGAGAUGUCUUAAAUAACUCGGCGUCCCAUCAUCCUCCCAUCUCACCUCCCCCACUCCUCCAUCUUCACUCCUCACCCCUCCUCCUCCUCGAUCCUGCUCGUUGGCUGAAGCAGGAGCUGCGGCGACAGGAAGCAGCACGCCAGAAGACGCUUUUCUGUUUUAAAACAAAAGACACCCUCCCACCUGCACCCCCUCCCAUGCCCCAACCCCCUCUUCUCCCAUUUUUCUCUCUGUUUAACUUCCGAGACGCCGCUGCGGGACGCCGACACAAUACACACCUGACUGGACUCAAAAAGAUGGCCGCCAGCAGAUGGCUGCCGAGUACGAUGAUGAUGAUGGAUGAUGGGUGGGG